AGAUUUAUAAGAAAAUAAGUUAUGCCGUAGAUAUUCAUCGCAAAGCUAUGAAGUUAGUAUAUCUAAUACACAUAUUUGACAAGAAACAUUUAAUACUAAAGUAAUAACACAAAUUUUUUUAUAUUUAAAGGUUUAGCAGCUUUUUAAUGUCAAGUCUCGAAGGAUCGUACUUCUUCUUGAUUGCAAUUGGCAUAAUUUGUCUUAGUCUUAAUCUUCUUCGGAUUGCAUUGUAUAGCGAUGAUGCUGAACAACUUAUAAUACCUAUGCUAAUCAUAGUAACACUUUACUUGUACUUGUUCAUAUCCAAUUAUAUUGCGCAGCAAAUUACGGAUCACAAUGAAUGCAUAUUUGUUACAGCAUAUAAUGUUCGGUGGUACAUGGCUCCAUUACAUGUCCAGAAAAUGAUAUUGUUUCUAUUGCUAAGACGCACUAAAACCUUUCAUAUACUUAUUGGUGGAAUAUUUGUUGCAUGCAUGGAAAGUGCCGUUACGCUACUGAGUACUUCAAUAUCUUAUUUCACUGUUCUCUAUUCUAUGAAGAAGUAAGAGAUUAAAUUAAGAAUAAGAAAAUAAUUUGAAUACAGAAAUGGGAGAAAAGCAGAGAGGCAGUAAAGAUAAAAGACAGGAAAUAUUGUAACAAUCUUGCAUUUUAGAUAAGGUAUGUUCAAAUAUCAAGUUUUCGACGGAAGAAAAUUGUUUAAGCAAAAUAUUGGAAUUUCAAAUUGUAAUAACUGCAAAAUAUGUAAAGUUGACAAUAACGUUAGACACAAUAAAAAUACUUUGUUAUUUAGAUUUCAUGUAGUUGUUAUUUGUGACACAUUACAAUUUUCCCGUUCAGUUACCGCGAUACAUAUCCUCCAUCGAGACCUAAUUGUAUGAGCGGCGACACUUACAAUUAUAUGUAAUGUGAAAAAGUGAUGGAGAGAGGGCUCCCAAACCUCACAAUCUACUCUGUUUAAUUUUUAAUGGUGUUUAGUAGUGUCUAUUUCCGAUAUGUUAUUAUUUCAAAUGUACAUGAUAUUAUCAAUAUACAGAUAGCUUCCAAUAAUCUAAUUGCUAUCUCCACGACAAAUAACUGUUGAGAACAAUUGCUUUAAUAAAAAUAAUAU